CUCCCUCCCUGUCGCCGCUCUCCCGGACCCCGUGACGGCCCCGUCCCGCCCCGGCAGGCGAGAGCGCGUGGAGCGCUCGGUCCCGCUCGGCGCGGAGCAGCCAUGGGCUCGGCAGCGCAGCUCCCACCGCUGCCGCCGCUCGGGGAAUGCGAGCGGGAAGCGGGGGCGGCGGCCGCCCGGCACCGGCAGCGCCCGGAGGAGCAGGUCCACCAAGAGCAAAGGAACCACACCACGGAACCUGUGAUAGAUGACUAUAAAAAGAUGGGGACUCUCUUUGGAGAACUAAACAAAAGCCUUAUCAGAAUAGGCUUCACAAGGAUGUACUUUGGAGAACGGAUAGUAGAACCUGUAAUAAUUAUAUUCUUCUGGGUUAUGCUCUGGUUUCUUGGCCUGCAAGCUCUUGGACUGGUGGCUGUUCUGUGCCUUGUCAUUAUUUAUGUACAACAGUAAAAUUUUAUAGAUACUAUUUGGAUUAUGUAUUUCAACACUGUCACGAUGUCAGUGGAUUUAUGUGUUUAAGCAAAUAGGUGGUAUAUCAAAAGCUACAAUGCUUCAAAUUGCUGAACUUCUGAUGAGUGGGACUAAAAUUACAUUUUAAGCCAAAUCAGCAGUGUUCUACUACAUAUUUUAGGGGGAAGAAAGGAGAUGUUUGUAAUAUAAUGGUGUGAAAUGUACUGUUUUCUGCGCUCUUGGGGCUUUAGCCAAAGGAUUGGCUUUUCAUUCUCCCCUCUCCCCAUGUUCCUGCUUUGUAUAGUGGAAAUUUCAUGUCUGGUUUUAAGAGGAUGCUUGAUGUGAGUGUUCUGUUUCACUGCUGAGGGGGCUCAUGUGCUGUUUGUUCCCUGAAUCUGCAUAAUUUGUUAGUGUUUUGCUGAAAAGCUAAAUCUGCACAAGGGAGGUUUUGUAAUAAACCUGCAGUGACAAACAUUUGUAAGAUGAAUACAAUUUCCAGACACAAAAGCAACUUUGGUUGGUGUAGUUUACAGUAAGCUCUCCCCCAGGAAACAAGCUGUACCAGCAAAAUGCCCUUAUACUAAUGUUGGUGACUUCACACAAGACUUGAGCUGUUGUUUAGGAGAAAUUGCAGUCCUACAUUGGCCAAGGGGUCUAAUGUAGCACUGCCUUGUUUUUUGGAAAUGUACUCAGCUCCUGCUGCUAUUUUUCUUUCUUUAUUUUUUUACUUGCUCUUUUCCCCAGCCUUCCUUCUUAAGAUAAAUAUUUGGAUAAUUCAUGGAGUUUGUAGGUAGUUCCAGCUGCAGUGUUGGACACUUGCCAUUCCAGACAGCAGUGCUAGAAUGCUGUCUGCUUCCUCUGGGUGGUGUGAGAAGUGGCUGUAUCGAGAUUUCUCCCGAUAACUCCGAGGGUCCAGCCAGCGGAGAAAUGGCUUAAUAAAAUAGCGAGACGGCUUCCCAGGAUAUGCUUUGUAAAAUAAAGUUUUAAUAACAGGAAAAAUAAUAAACGUUACAAAAUGAAAAGAGAUAAGCCGAGCACAGUGUACCAAGCACAGCUACACAGGCUAAGGCACUCCCAAAAAGCCUCGUGUACCCUUAUGCAGGCCCUUUAGUACUCGAUGGUCUAGGUGGGCUUUUUUGGCUCUUGGCCCAAUGAGAGGGAUACUAGACUUUGAGGUGCACUUCUAAAGUCCUAUCACUGUGUCUGUCCUGGUACUGAGCCAAUUACAGCGAGCAGGCUAUAGAAAAUUCUAGCUUCACUUCCUUAUAUGGAAACACCUGCUCGGGUACAGAAAUGCACGACUACAUCUCACCCUGUAAAAUCAUAUUAAAAAAAGAAAAAAAAAAGAGAAAUAGUUACUUUGAAAAAAUUCUCACUUUUGUUCAUAAUUGUGAUUGUGUCAAUAACUUAUUGUUAUUUAACAAUUUGGUUUAUAGUUAAGCUAUAGUUUUAUGGAUUACAAAAUUUUAAAUUUGGUACU